AUGGUUACUUCAACUCCUUAUUAUGCGCAGGCUAAUGGGCAAGUGGAGGCAGCGAAUAAGAUCUUGAUAAGUUUGAUAAAAAAGCAUAUCGGAAAUAAGCCUCGAACGUGGCAUGAAACUUUAAGUCAAGUAUUAUGGGCUUAUCGAAAUUCGCCAAGAGGUUCGACGAAAACUUCACCUUAUAAGUUGGUAUAUGGCCAUGAUGAAAUGUUACCGUUAGAAAUUAAUUUGAAUACUUUAAGAGUAUCAAAACAUAAUGAUUUUCCAGUUGAUGACUAUUGGAAUGUAGUGUUUGAUGAGUUAAAUGAAUUAGAUUCGGAACGAAUCUUGGCACUAGAUAACAUUAUUCGACAAAAAGAAAGCAUUGCACGAAGUUAUAAUCGUCGAAUCAAAGGAAAAUCUUUUGGGAUAGGUGAAUUAGUCUUGAAAGUUAUUUUGCCUAUGGAAAAGAAAUCGAGGUUUCUAGGAAAAUGGUCCCUUGCUUGGGAAGGUCCUUUUCAAGUUGUAGGGACGUAUUCUGGAAAUGCUUAUCAGAUUAAAGAUAUUGAGUCAGGGACGGUGGUUAACUCGAUUAAUGGGAAAUACUUAAAACAUUUCUAUUGUUGGCAAAAGUAG